ACAUGUAUCAGCAAAUGUAAUGGCAAUUUCUGGGUUCCAUUAUCUAAAGAAUGUAGAAUUUAAGUGUCUCAAGUCCUCAAAGAUGUUAGACGAUACCAAUUUGCAACCUGUAACCUUCAUUUAUUUUCUAGAACGAUUCUUGGUUUCUAUCAACAGUGCGCUCAACAUCGUGUGGGUGUUCAACAGUCCACUCUUGAGAAUGGAAUGAAAAGCUGAAGCUGUCAUUUUAUGACAUGUAGCAGUACUAAGGGAAAAUGUCUGACUUGUCUGUGAGCAGUUACAGGGGAGCUGUCUACCCACUGGACUUGACAGCAGAGCCAUACAGAUCUGAUCAUACGAAGACAGUUAAAACAUUAUUAGACACAUGUGCACAUUACAUUGUCAGAGAUGCACAGGCGACACUGAAUGCUGUGAAAGUCAUUCCUGGUGAUUUGUGCUUCAGUUUAAUGAAGGCAGCUUUGUUGGAGAACCGGGACAGAAGUGUCCAUGUCCUCAUCUCCUCCUGGCCUUUUCAUAUGCUAUCACUGAAGAGUUUGGCACCAAAUCUCUAUGCUUCAGCACUAUCACUGUACAACAACACCCACCAGAAGAAAAUGUCUCUGCUUGGAAUUCGCUUUGCAGCAUUAGUUGCCCAUGCUUUCAGCCGUUGCUUGAUGAGGUCACAAGGGAACAUGAAACUACGGUAUCUGGACUUGACCGGAUUUGUUUCAAUGGAAGUUGUCACAAAGUUUAUGUCAUCUCAGUGCCAGCUGGCUCACAAUGAGACUCGACAAAAGGUGGUUAUUUCCAUGUAUGAAGAAGUGACCAAAGACAUGCCUGAAUCUGCCAAAGUCAACUAUAAAGUUGGUGAAUUAAUACCAGACGGAUGUUAUGGAGUAAAGCUUGAUGUGUGUAUCGACUCAGUCAAUGCUCAUGCUGAGAUAUGCAAAGCCUUAGUCAUAUCAAGGUUUAGGAACUGUACAUUUAAACUGUACUUAAAUAAGAUAGAUGCCACAUUUCUGGGGGAAGUAAAGUUAAAGGUUCUACUGGAUCUUGUGGACCCAGCUCAUCUGACUGGCCUUCGCCUCCAGUUCAACUCUUUAGGGGAACAUGGUAUUCUUCACCUUGUGGACAGUAUAUCUCGUCUGACCAACUUAACAGCUCUAGACCUCUCCUGCAAUGGUAUUCACUUCUUCCACCACCAGGAUUCCUGUGAUAAAGUGGCAGAAAUGUUGGCCAGCUUGCCUAACCUGACCCGCCUGGAUCUGAGUAACAAUCGCGUUAAGACUCGCCUGCGCCAGCUGGUGGCAAAUCUGUCCCAGUCACUAGAGUACCUGGCUGUAGCAGGCUGCUGUCUGACAGUGUCGGAUGUGACAUACCUGUCUGUGUCACACCACACAUCUGGGCUGAGGGAGCUGGACCUCAGUGAUAACUGGUGUGUGGGUGAGAACUGCAGAGUCCUGAUCAAUCUUCUCAGUAAGCUGGCUGAUAAGAUUAUGGUGCUGGAGCUACAGAACUGCAACCUGGCUGAUUCUCAGGUCACCGAACUCCUCAUAGUGCUACCAUCAUUGAGUAAACUCUGCUUUCUGAACCUCAGCUGUAACACUCUGAGCUGGAGUACAAGCCAACAAUUCAUUGAGUCAGCUACUUCUCUGUCCAGUUUGAAGGCUUUGCAAAUGUCAUAUCCUUCUGAAUGUUACUCCCCACAGGCGUUUGACCACUUUUCUAGGGAAGCAUUUCACAAACAUAUGACCAAGAUAAUAGAGGAGCACAAAACCAAGACUGGCUCUGGAUUUGACCUGUCAUUGACUGAAUAACAGUGACACAGUGUGAUAUUUUCCACCGGACAUUCCUCACGCAUUUAAUUUGAACAAGUGCACUGUGGUAAAGUCCUCUGUGACUCCACCAGCCAAAACAAUAGUGCAAUAUAAAAUCAGAGUUCACUAAAUUCCAAAUGUUGAAACAGAAUUGAUUUCUUGCUUUCAGACUUAUAUGUUCAGAAAUUAACAUUUCGUAACGUAACAUGAGUGAUACAUACGACUGAAAGGUACACAUCAACAAGUCAUUUUUCUUUACAUCCUUACAUCAAACUUUGUAGGAUAUAAACCAGAAAUAGGUUGUGUGGCUACACAUAUUUAGAGUGCACUAGUGUGUUUGAUGCACCAUGGCACUGGUGUGUUUGAUGCACCCUGAACAUGUAACUUGAGUAAUAACUAUAAGUAUUUCUGUUUUUCUCUUUUAUUUAAAGGAUGGAUAUUUACAAUACUUGAAAACCCCAUCAGUGAUAAUGGUUCAUACUGUAUGUGUAUGUAGUACCUUAAAAGAUAAAAAAAUAAAUAAUUGCUUCAGGAGAAUAAUUUUACACCAUGAUAUUACUUC